AUGCCAUUGCGAGAGCCACCUCCCGGAGCGCCGUAUAGCGAGUAUGAUUACCCAGCGGCCACGAUGGGCGGAGAAAUGCCUCCGCGCCCCAACACCGCCGGUAGCAUGCGACCUCCUCGGGCUCGGGUUGCGCCUGGGGUGCCUGGGGUGCCUGGCAACGGCCUCGGUACAGGGUUGGCGGCUCCUCCUCCUGACCCUACAAACCGAGUUUCAUACGCGCCCAAGGAGUUCCUGGAUACCUACUACGAUAGUAACAAUGAUGACGAGCCCGAUAUGCCCAACUUUGAUGCCAUUCCGCAUAGCAAUGGCCCAGUGGAUGAGAUGGGACUGGAUGCACCGAAGCCUAAAAUACAGACGCACGGCUCUCCAGGCUCCCCAGCUAGCGGCCAAUAUGCACCCUACUCCCCGGGUGGUCAAGUAACCCCCCAGUCUCAAUCUCACCACAAUCUUCGGCAAGGCAGUGCCCCUAACGAGUUUGAAAAUGCCGGCUUCAAUUUCGGUAUUGGUGGUGAAAUUUCACCGGCUGCUUCUGGAUACGGAAAUUCACCUAAUGGUUACGAUCAAUCUGGUGGCUAUUUCCCUCAUGAAGCCGCACCGGCGUAUACUCCAGCUCCUCCGGGCCCUGUCCCCCCCGGACCGCCUGUUCAACAAGGGUAUCCUUAUGAGAAGUCACCAGAUGCCCAGCAAAUUCCUGAGACUAUGCCCUCUCGCGGGACACCCUUCCGACCGGGUCACGACCAAGCCGCGAAGCCCGCACCAGUGCGGAAUUACAACAACGCCCCUGCGCCUGCGCAGGCCCCAGCUGCCGCUCCUCAGCCAGCGACUCCUGAUGGCCAAACCCCCAUUACACACGAUGAGCUUGAGCGACUGCAACAAAAAGCGCGAGGCAAUCCUUCAGACCAGGCUCUUCAGCUUCUACUAGCCAAGAAAUUGGUGGAGGCUGCCACCGUUCUUGUGGCAGAGAAUAGUCGACUUGAUCCCAAAACAAAAGCAAAGGCAAAGGAGAAGUAUAUUGGUGAUGCAUUCAAAAUAGUGAAGAAACUAUCCCAGGCCGGAUACGCAGAUGCACAGUUCUUCCUCGCCGACUGCUAUGGAGAAGGUCAGCUGGGAUUGGAAGCUGAUCCAAAGGAGGCAUUUAACCUAUAUCAUUCAGCCGCAAAGGCUGGCCACGCCCAGUCAGCGUACAGAGUAGCUGUCUGCUGCGAGAUCGGCUCAGAAGAGGGCGGUGGAACAAAGCGAGAUCCUUUCAAGGCUGUGCAAUGGUACAAGCGCGCAGCGUCUCUGGGCGAUACACCAGCGAUGUACAAGAUGGGCAUGAUCCACCUCAAGGGUUUACUCGGCCAAGCCCGCAAUCCUCGCGAAGGUGUUUCGUGGCUCAAGCGCGCAGCUGAACGAGCCGACGAGGAGAACCCACAUGCUCUCCACGAGCUGGCUCUCAUGUAUCAAACCGCUUCCGGUAACGAUUCGAUUGUUCGCGAUGAGGCAUAUGCCAGUCAACUCUUCCACCAGGCCGCCGAGCUGGGCUACAAAUUCUCCCAGUUCCGUCUCGGUACUGCGUACGAAUAUGGCUUGAUGGGAUGUGUCCCUGACAACCGCAUGAGUAUCAUUUGGUACACCCGCGCUGCUGCUCAGGGCGAGCAUCAAAGUGAACUUGCUCUUAGUGGCUGGUACCUCACUGGAUCGGAGGGAGUUCUGCAGCAGAGCGAUACGGAAGCAUAUCUCUGGGCACGGAAAGCAGCUACGGCUGGUCUUGCCAAGGCUGAGUAUGCUAUGGGUUACUUCACUGAAGUUGGAAUCGGUGCCGCCGCUAAUCUGGAUGAUGCGAAGCGAUGGUAUUGGCGUGCAGCGGCCCAAGGAUUCCCCAAGGCAAGGGAACGUCUCGAAGACCUUAAGAAGGGUGGAGGCAGGAUGCAAAAGACUCGUCUCUCUCGCGCAGCUGUUAACAAGCAAAGUGACGGGGACUGUGUCUUGAUGUAA